AUGGAUUCUGGUCCUGCUUGGGCUGCCAACCCCACUCCCUGGGGCACCUUGUCUGCCCCCAAUGCCACCACACCCUGGCUGGGCCGGGAUGAGGAACUGGCCAAGGUGGAGAUCGUUGUCCUGGCCACGGUCCUGGUGCUGGCGACAGGGGGCAAUCUGACUGUGCUGCUGACCCUGGGACAGCCAAACCGCAAGCGCUCCCGCAUGCACCUGUUUGUUCUGCACCUAGCCCUGACUGACCUGGGUGUGGCGCUAUUCCAGGUGCUGCCCCAGCUGCUGUGGGACAUCACCUACCGCUUCCAGGGCCCUGACCUCCUCUGCCGGGCCAUCAAGUAUCUGCAGGUGCUCAGCAUGUUCGCCUCCACCUACAUGCUGCUGGCCAUGACGCUGGACCGCUACCUGGCUGUUUGUCACCCCCUGCGCAGCCUCCAGCAGCCCAGCCAGUCCACCUACCCGCUCAUCGCUGCUCCCUGGCUGCUGGCUGCCAUCCUCAGCCUGCCUCAAGUCUUCAUCUUUUCUUUGCGGGAGGUGAUCCAGGGCACUGGGGUGCUGGACUGCUGGGCAGAAUUCCACGUCCCUUGGGGACCUCGGGUCUAUAUCACCUGGACCACCCUGGCCAUCUUUGUUCUGCCUGUGGCCAUGCUCACGGCCUGCUAUAGCCUCAUCUACCACGAGAUCUGUAAGAACCUAAAAAUCAAGACACAGGCCCGGAAGGUGGAAGGAAGGGGCUGCAGGACUUGGGACAGGACCUCGCCUUCUGGCCCAGCUGCAGCUACACGGGGGCUGCCGUCCCGAGUCAGCAGCAUCAGCGCCAUCUCCAGGGCCAAGAUCCAAACCGUAAAAAUGACUUUUGUCAUCGUGCUGGCCUACAUCGCCUGCUGGGCACCCUUCUUCAGCGUCCAGAUGUGGUCUGUGUGGGACAAGAAUGCCCCUGAUGAAGAUUCAACCAAUGUGGCUUUCACCAUCUCCAUGCUCUUGGGCAACCUCAGCAGCUGUUGCAACCCCUGGGUUUACAUGGGCUUCAACAGCCACCUGCGGCCGUGGCCCCUGCGCCGUCUGGCCUGCUGCAGGGGACCCCGGCCCCUCCCGCAGCUCUCCGGCGACAGCCCCUCCAGCCGCCGCACCACGCUGCUGACCCGCUCCAGCGGCCUGCCCACCCUCACGCUCAGCCCCAGACUCAGUGGGGGCCAUGCGCCCGAAGGCUCACUGAAGGGCUCAGCGCAGGUGGACGGUGAAGCCUCCACUGAGACCAUCGCCUUUAGGGAACACUCGCCCAAGGGGCCGGCGGAGGAUCUCUGCUCAUCUCAGCACUGGGUGUAA